AGAGGUUUUCCUGGUGAUGCAGCUGCUGCCGGAUCCCAUGAGCAGGUGGUCAGGGUCCGAGCGAACAGGCAGGCGGAGGGCUGGGUGCCCGGCCGGGCCUGAAGAGACGGCAGAGCCUCAGGAAGGCCGCCCACACGGGCUCCGGGCUGAAGGUGGUCACGGUGCUGCUGAAGGUGACGGGGCCUGGCGGUGAUGGCCUGAGGGGACCCUCCUCCAGGUCACUGAGGGGCCCCUGUGGCCUCCACAGUCCAGAGGGGAGACGUGGGACUUGCCGUGGCCCUUUGCCCCAGGCCUCCGUCUCCAGCGCCCAGGCUGGCUGGUCAUCAGGGCUUGGAGGGCCUGGGGAGUGCGUGGCACAUGGAGACACACACCGCAGAGACCGAACGCGUUCUUCCCUCCCUCCUGGCAUCACUCCUGGCAUCUCACUUCCACCCAGGAGGAAUGUUCAGGAGCUCAUUGGCAUCUCGUGCUCCUCCUGAGGGCUUUCCCUGUGGGCGCCGUGCCCAUACCCCUGAGCUUCUUGUGGAGCCUAAAUGGAAGCCCUCUAGCCUGGACCCUGCUGUCCUGGGGGCUCCCUCCUGGCACCCUGGGCCCUGUGUGCCUCCAGCUUUGCUCCAUCUCAAGGGCUGCCACGAAGCUCGGGUCUGCAGAGGUGUGGCUGGAUGCCUCAGGAUCGUGUCCACGGCACAGGGAUCGGAAGGUUCCUCUGCUCCCAAUCAGCAGGACCUCAGCCAGACAGGAGGCAGGGGAGGGCCCCCUGGGCGCUGGCUCUGUGACUCUCUGCUGAUGGACUUAGAAUCCAAGUCAUUGCACUCGGGAAGGGCCUGGGGAUGGGGCCACGGAGCUGCCGCAGCAGAAACCCCCUCCAUGCCAGGGGUGGGGGUUGUCCAGGAGACCCUCAGAGCGGCUGCUCGGACUCCAGCUGCUGGGGUGUCCGGGCUGGGGUCUCUGGGCUGGGGUCUCCUGUGGUCAAUGUCUACCUCCCAUGCCCCCCUGACCCCAGCAGCCCCUCACCCCUCACAGGCAAGAAGCGUCAGUGUCUGGCCCUGGGUUCCCACCCUGAGCCCUGAGUCAAGGUCAUCUCUAAGCAAGGCGGCGGCUAUCCACACUGACCCGGAGAAUCCCAGACAGGAUGGCCUGGACCCCGAGGCCAGACCCCAGGUCAGCUGUGGUGGCCGGUGGGCUUCACCCCACCAGCCUCCCACCUGCUGUGUGCCCUCCGUCAGGGCUGGGGGGGACCCGCUGUCCUGCAAGCCACGAGAUAGUGAUGCAACUCAGCCUGGGCGCGGGGGCUCUGCAGACCAACACCUCAUCCCCAGGGAUCUGCCACCAUCCGACGUGGGCCCACGGCCCCGGGCCAUUGUCUGCCAGCGGUGUGGGCAUCCUGGCAAGUGCGCCUCUCCUGGGUGGGCGCUUCCAGAGGGCAGGACGAGGGUCUGUUUGGGCCCUGGGCCGGUGCUGGUGUUGCUGGAGAGGGACCCUGUGGAGCCUUGGUCUGGUCUGGGAAGGGCCGGCUAG